UACGCUUAUCAGCUCCGAUUUAUUUUAAUCGGUGAUAGUACUGUUGGCAAAUCAUCGUUAUUAAGGCAAUUUAGCGAUGGAAAAUUUUUCGAUUUUUGUGAUCCAACUGUUGGUGUCGAUUUUAACGCACGGAUUGUUAAUAUCGGAAAUAAUAUAAACAUAAAGUUACAGUUGUGGGAUACUGCUGGUCAAGAAAGAUUUCGUUCCAUUACUAGAUCGUACUAUCGUAACUCAGUAGGUUGUUUAUUGGUUUACGACAUUAGUAACAGGGAUACUUUUGAUCAUUUGCAUUCGUGGUUGGAAGAAGCCAAAUGCUUCUCCGAGCCACAUGGACUGAUUUUUAUAUUGAUUGGGUGUAAAUGUGACCUGGAAAAAGAGCGCCAAGUAUCUGUAGAAGAGGGGAAAAAAUUUGCCCAAGUUAAUGAAAUGCAAUUUUUAGAGGCAUCCGCCAAGAUCAAACACAAUGUCGAUCAAGCAUUUUCAACUUUGGCUCGUGAUAUUUAUAAACUUAUUCAAAAAGGCCUGCUAUCUCCUAAAAGUGGCUGGGAUGGUAUUAAACCUGGU